AACCGCAUCUCCGCUUUCUUCGUGAGACACGUCUUCUCUUUUGUUUUGUACUAGUAGUGUAGCGCUGCGCUUCCCAACCAGAAGGUUAUCAAACCACCAAACCUUUUUUUUGCCCUUCCCCACCGCGCCCCUUAUCGAUUGAGGCCGAACGGAAGUUUUGCUGUUCUGCCACAUUCAGUGGCAGUCUGCACACGCAAUUGAUCAACAAGCGAACUAAGAAAGUUGCUACCGAAUAAGCUCUCGCUGCACCUGACUCCAUCCAUCCUGUGCGCAAACAAGAACGUGUCGCGGGGCCACAUAGCUUUUCAUCAUCCCUCCAUCGCGCGACUCUGACCACGUCUCGGCAUCAUGUCGGACACGGAGAGCGUCGACUACCUGCAAGCGGACUUCGACCCGUGGUCGCUGACCGUCCCGCGCCUGCGCUCCAUCCUCGUCACACACAACGUCCCAUAUCCAUCAACGGCGAAAAAGCCACAGCUGAUUGACUUGUUCAACGAACAUGUCCAACCGCAGUCGAGGCAACUCCUGGCGACACGCGCGCGUGCGAAGCGGUCGAGUAGAGGGAUCGUGGACGCUGAUUCCCAGAGCACGACGAGCACCGACUUCAAUGACGAGGUCAUGCCGCCCCCGCCUUCGGCGAGGCGGUCUCGGUCGCCGAGAAAAACUACCAGGAUCAAGCGCGAAUCUGAGGAGCCUGAUCGUGUUGCCCCAACACCGGUCUCCGCACGGCGCCGGGAAAGUCCUCGGAAGAGGCAAUCGCGGUCGGCGACCGCCCAGCUAGCGCCCGCUUCCGACACCGAUACAGCUCCCGAGGCUGAGCCACCUCGAUCUGUCAGGCGUGAUCGGCAUGUGAGCCCGGUGCCCAAGCUAGAGCCUCCAGAGGAAGACGACUUCUUCAAGCGAACGCCCGAAACCGCGAGCGUGUUCAGCAGCGAAAACCCUUUCCAGAGUGGAGCCAAUUCGCCGGCUUCUGCUUUGAAAACGCCCACUAACCGCCGGAAGACCUCUGGCUUGGACUCUUUUCUAAAGCAUACGCCUUCUACUGCUCGCCGGCGGACGGACGCCCACGUUUUCGGGGAUGCGGAAGCCUUUCCGACCGUUUCUCGGAGCAUUGAGAUGCCCCUCAGUCGGGUCACUAGGCCCAAAACACCCGAGGUUGAGGCUGACGAAGAGUUCACCCCUGAAGAGCAGCUGGCGCUCAACCAGGAAGAGGCAGCCCACCCUGAGUUGGCUGUUGCGCGGAGGGCCGGCGAACCUUCGCCGAAGCGCGGCGGCUCAAGCUUGGCGACUCCCAUCUGGGUUCUCAUUACAACACUGUUCGUCGCCUACGCAGCGUGGUACAGGCAAGAGAAGAUUGCAGUGGGAUAUUGUGGGCUUGGGCGGCAGCCGACUCAAUUAGUCCCUGCCAAUAUCCAGCUUCCGGAGUGGGCCGUUGAGCUAGGCUCGAAAUUGGAUAUUCACGACAUCCAGAACGUCCCCGUCCCAGACUGGCUUACCGGUGUCCUCGAGCCGCAGUGCGAGCCUUGCCCUCCACAUGCCUACUGUUACGAGGACUUCACAGCUCGCUGCGAGCCCGACUUCAUCCUGAAGCCUCACCCACUUUCCCUCGGCGGCCUUGUCCCUCUGCCUCCCACCUGCGAGCCUGACGGCGAAAAGGUCCGACGUGUCCAGGCCGUCGCCGACAAGGCGGUCGAGGAGCUGCGUGAUCGAAGGGCCAAGUAUGAGUGCGGUGAGCCGCUUGAGCCCGAGGGGGAGCCUUUGGACAGCCCCGCCCUGGAAGAGCAAGAGCUGAAGGAGAUCCUUAAUAAGAAGCGCAGCAAGAGAAUGGCCGCUGAAGAGUUCGACGAGCUCUGGGCUGCGGCCAUCGGUGAAGUCAAGGCACGGGAUGAAGUUGAAGUUCACCAGGAGCAAACUGAGGCUCCCGAAACCGGAGGUGCCGUUGCCUUUCCAGCCACCAAAAUAUCGUCCACCUCUCUCGCUCGCCUUUCGUACUCCUGUGCGCUCCGCCGAUCCGUCAAACUCGGAGUGGCUCGACAUCGAGUCAGCAUUGGUGGACUGAUUCUCUCACUGCUGUCCCUCCUCUACGGCCGCCGCCGCUACAUCCACAACCGCGCCCUGGCGGCGCAGAUUCCAGCGCUAGUGGACGAGGUCUUGGAUCGUCUGGCCAACCAGAAGGAGGUUGCCUUCGAAGCCGGCGACGAGGACGCGUUCCUCUUCCUCCCAAAUCUACGCGACGAUGUUCUCCGCUCGAUGCACAGUCUUUCGGACAGGGAGCGGCUCUGGCAACGCGUGCGCGCCGUUGUCGAGCAGAACAGCAAUGUCCGCACAGGGCAGCGUGAGGGUCGUAAUGGCGAGGUUGGGAGGGCCUGGGAGUGGAUAGGACCCAGCAGGCUCGGUGCCGGCGACGGUUCGUCCCACCGGCGGCGCAAGAGUGGACGCGUCUCGUGGGGCCCGGAUGUGAAGAUGGAGAUCGAGGAGGCUUCCAGCAAGCCGGCGUCGGAAACGCUGGAACGGAAGGCCGUCCACCGGAAAUGGGAGGAAGGUCGCCCUAUUUACUAAUCAUGACCGAGACGCCAUCGGUGAUAAGCUCUAGGACAUGUUAAAACUCUUUUUGUACCGUUCUAUGUAUGUCUUUUGCAUUACAUUCCUUGGCCUGCAACCACUCGGACUGGUCACCCCCUAGCAGAACAGGGGGAAUUGGCUGGCUGUUUGGGCUCUUGUCAUACUGCUAUUUCUUUUUUAUCUUUCCUCUUUUUGAUCCUACUUCCAAUUUUCAGUCGGCUUUCUGAGAAUUUGGACGGCGUUUGGGAAGAUUGGACGCGCAGGCAAGCAACGGCUUGGUAUUCCACCUGAUACCCCUAUUCCCAGCGAGGGGACCUAAACACACAAGAUCGAACUUUCACACUUACUUACACUCAAUAUUACCUACCCUUUACCUCAGACCAUGCCUAGACCGUGAAUUGUAGAACUUUCCCUCCUGGCCAUCUAACCCCCCA